UGUUGUCUAAACAUCUAGUUUCAAAGCCAAUACCAAAAAAAGAAGGGUCUACGAACCUAGGCGACAGCUUUUCGUGAACGCGAUCGUUUUUUUUUUUGCUUAUGCACCGUGGAUACAGGACGGAGUGGUGCAACAUAGUAUUAAUUGAAAAUAAACGAUUGUGGGUCGGUACGAGAUACAGAGGGACAGAAGGAGAGAGAGAGAGAGUGACACGUGUGUUUGUGCAUUUAUUGGCUUUAUGUAUCCGCAUCGUGAAACGGCGGAUGAAGGCACGGAUCCCUUGAUCUAUGAGGGCAAAAGGAUAACGAGCAAAGGAUAUCGGAAGGCAGCUUCAGUUAUGCUACAGCUUCGGAACAGUGAGCAGUGCUUCCGUUGAUUGUGUGUGAGCUCCGUGAGCGAAGACAGAAAGGACAAUAGGUUAUCAGUGACUGGCUAUAAGCGAGCGAUAGUAGUGAAUGAACUUUGUUUGAAACCGUGCCAGCGGAAGAGUUUUUUUUAGAAAAUUGUGGAACAUUGGCGAGUGCCAGCGGCAUUAAGAUGUCUAUUAAUUCAUCACGAUCGUCAACGUCAUCCUGCAGUGAAAUCAGCAUUGAGGAGUUGAAAAUCAGAUCGCCAGAUUUCCCGCCGGAAAUAUUAGCCGUGAUCAAACAAGAGCCUCGGUCGACGGUAUCACCCAUAUUAACUCCACCGCAUACGCCUACCGAGGACAGUAUUAAUACAACACCGGCGGUGAUCACUUCACGCCACUAUUUUGAUAUGGAACAAAACCGGUCUCCGGCUCAACAUCAACACAUGUCUCACCAUACCCCACAUCCACAUCCCCAACAUCAUCAACAUCAUCAAAACAAUCACCAUCAGCAGGAGGUGCCGAGUGCCUUCUUUCCUCAGCGAUCCACCGAGCACGGUCAGCCACCUUCGAUGGAGGCCUUCCUCUACCAGCAGCAGCAAGCUCAGCAGCAGCAGCAACAGCAACAGCGGCAGCAGCAACAACAACAACAGCAGCAGCAGCAAGCUCAACAGCAGCACCGCCUAUGGCUCCAAACUCAGGCGGCGGCAGCCGCUCAACAGCACCUCCAUCAAACCGGUUAUCCCCUUCCCGGCUACCCUCAGAUUCCCGCGUCAGUUGCCGCCCACCAAUCGCACGCCCUCAUGCAACAGUGGAUCCGCAGUGCUGCUAUCUACCGGCAACACUUCCAGGGAUAUCCUGGAGAUCUCACCCGGAUUCCCGUCCUCGGCCGUCCCGUCAACCCAAUGAAAGCCCCUGGUCAUGGUAGUUCCCGUCCAAAGAAACAAUUCAUCUGCAAGUACUGCCAUCGACACUUUACCAAGUCCUACAACCUCCUGAUCCACGAGCGAACGCAUACCGAUGAGCGGCCCUACUCAUGCGACAUCUGUGGGAAGGCUUUCCGUCGCCAAGAUCACCUUCGGGACCACCGCUACAUCCACUCCAAAGAAAAACCCUUCAAGUGUUCCGACUGUGGAAAGGGCUUCUGCCAAUCGCGAACCCUAGCCGUCCACAAGGUCACUCACCUGGAAGAAGCACCGCACAAGUGCAACAUCUGCAACCGGACGUUUAAUCAGCGAGCUAACCUCAAGACGCACAUGCAAAGUCACGCCCUUUCGGAAGCCACCCCAAACAGUCCGGUGUUAGAUCUUUCGCAAAAAUCAACCCCUUCCUCGCCGGACAAAGACAUCAUCGUAGACGAGGAGGAGAUUGACGUCGAAGAAGAUGACGAUGAGGAGCAUCACCUCCAUCUCCUUGGAACCUCCACCGGUGCCAACCGGCCCAAGAAAUCGCUUGGGUUCUCGAUUGAUGAGAUCAUGAAGCGGUAAUUUGAUACGUUUGGUAAUUACCCAUUUACAGUGAUGUUCCUUACAGUCCGAGCGAGUGAGAGAUUAGUUGGUUCUGAGUUUUUGUUGUUGACUUUAUAUUCGUUUCCUUUAUUGUGGAAGAUUUUAUUUACCCCAUAAUUGUUGCGAGGUUAGCAAACUUAAAAGAGAGGGAGAGGGAGAGAGAGAGGAAUGACGAAUGAUAUCCCAAAGCAUAGGACAAGAUAAAAAAACCACUACUAUGACGAAAGCGGAGAGGAUAGAAAGUAACUUAAUGACCUAGAAAAAAAAAACAGAUCAACGCAACGAAAGCAGCCAAAGAAGAGUAAUAGCUGGUAUCCCCCAAAAAUCCCCUUUAAUUAUAUUUCGAUGGGAUGGGACCCGUAAACUGUGUCACGCUCUGAGCAGGGCGAUGACUUUUAAUCAAAUUUGACGUAAUUUAUGGGAUCUCCCUCCCAGAAAAGGUAGAGAGCUGGAGCAGAGACCUUUCUUUCAAAGACUGAUAUUGCUUUUAUUUAUGAAAUGCGCUAAGUUAGGACCCCACACAUGCACGCACCCACACACACCCACACACACAAAUACACACAUACAUACACACAGAGUAGCUUGUAUAGUUUUAUUUAACCAAAACUCGUUGAUUGAGUGACCCUGGAAAGUAUUGUAAACUGAUCUCAGCCAAAACAAAACCAGAAUAUUAGAUUAUUAGACGAAGAACUUUGUAAAUAAUUUAUUCUAGUGGUUUAAGUAAGAAGAAUAUAUUUUAUGUUGUACGAUUAAGUCCCGCCAAGGCGUAAAUUAUUACAGAAAAUCGAUAUCCAAAUAAUAAAAGAUGGAAAAUUUUCA